AUGACUUCAGAGGUGUUGAAGGAUAAAAAUGAUAACUUCGUCAAGGUGGUAGGGAUUGCCAUCGAUCAAAUAUUAACGCUGAAGAAAACAUUGAAACGACCUGCUCCAAAAUCAGUCAUGGAAGCGAUUGAAGGUAAAAUCAAAGGUAACCAGCUACUCAUGAAAUAUGCUUAUUUUCGUUGUUCGGGAAUUGAAGACGAAAUCAACGGUAAAUUUGAUCAACAAGCGAAAAUUUUGGAAAAAGCUCGUGCAUGUUUAUUAGAAUUUGCUGCUUUAUUUAAUGUAAUUAAAUUUUAUGUACCUGAAGAUGUUCUUCAGUUUAUAAUUUCUGAACAUAAACAAGUUUAUUGUAACUCCGAAUAUGUAAAGGUUAAUAUAAAUUGUUCAUUGCCAUUAAAUUACGUUAAUUGGAUUGUAAAUAUUUUGUUAAAAGUGAUCAUAUGUUUCAUUUUGAUACCAACAAUCAUCUUACCAUUAUCAUCAUCAUCUCUAGUCCAAUCAAAACGAUUAAUUUCAGGGCGUGGAGGUGGACCUCAAUAUCGAACAGCAACUGCCUGUGAGAACAGUAUUCUCGAAAUUGUCUGUGAAAAGGAUACUCAUAUUAAUCUAAUUCGAGCAAAUUUCGGUCGAUUCUCAAUUCAGACUUGUAAUGAUCACGGAAGUCAUGAUAUGAAAGUUGAUUGUAUGUCACCAAUAAGCUUCAGGGUCAUGGAGGAAAGCUGUGGAAUGAAACAAAGUUGUCUAAUCGCCGCGACCAGCGCCUACUUUGGCGAUCCCUGCCCAGAGACACCUAAAUACCUUGAGGCACAAUAUCAAUGUUUACCAGACAAUCAAAAGAAACGAUAUCGAUGGCAGUCAACAACCCCGAGAAGUAAAUUACCUGGCAAACCAUUAUCAUCGCCAUCAUCAUCAUCAUCAUCAUCUUUAGCAUCUUCAUCUUCCUCAUCCUCCUCUUCUUCAAUUUCAACGGUGCCUUCAAUAUCUCAGACACCACCAACAUCAUCCUCAUCUUCAUCUGAAUUACUUAAACCUGAUUCCCUUGAAUCAAACCAUGUUCAUCCCAAUGCCUCAAACAUUGAAAAUUCAAUGAAAAAUGGGUUGACACACCUAAACUCAGGUUAUUCAGUAGCCGCAGGAACGUCAACACGUAAUAAUAAUGAUGAUAAAAUCAACAACAACAACAACAACACAACAUCCAGAAUCUAUUUAGAUACAACUUCAUCUUUAACCAAAUCAGGGGCCAAGAAUAAUUCAAUUGAGUUGAGGUUACAAUCUCAAUCAUCGGGAUCAUCCUCUUUAUCCUCAUCUUCAUCAUUAUCUUCAGGCUUAUCAUCAUCAUCAACUUUAUCACCUUUAUCAUCAGGUAAAUCAACAAUCUCAUUAGCAUCAUCAUCUAUAAGCUCAAAAGGAUUAAUACCAACAACAACACCAAUAAUCCAAGAAUCAUCAACAUCAAAAGGAUUAACUGGUAAUCAAAAUUCAGGUUUAUCUUCAUCACCUUCACCCUUGACCAUUGGUAAGGUGACCAAUGAUUUUGAUGAUCGACCCAUUUAUAUUAAGCAUCCUCAUCCUGGCUCAUCACCUUUUUCAUCAAUAUCAUCAUCAUCUUCAUCUUCAUCUUCAUCACCGGAAAUUUCAAUCAUUCCGUCAAGUCCGUUAGAUUCAUCAGCACGAAGUAAAAGUGACCUACAUUCACCUUACUCAUCUUAUCAUAAAAGUCAAUCAAUUAAUUCAGGUUCAUCCGUACCUUCAGCCGGUGAAUCUGAUUACUCAAAUACCUACGAAUCGCCCUCAUCAUCAUCAUCAUCAUCAUCAUCGUCCAAUGUUAACAUUGAAACCGAUAAAUCUGAUAAAGUUUCAUCAAGUGAUCCUGAAUAUGAUGAGGCUUCAAUUUUCAUCCGACAUCCUCAUCCAGGAAUGAUUCGUGAUCCCUCAUCGUCCUCAUCAUCACCAACAACAAUUAAACCAGUGUCACCUACACAAUCAACAGGUUAUGAUGAUCAAUGGAUUAAAAUUAAUCCUGGUUCAAUGAUGAUCAACGAAACAACUAAUCAAUUAUCAACCGAUUCAUGGUUAUCAAAUAAUCUAUCAUCUUCUAAUAUGGUUACCGGUGUUGUUUUCGCUCUUGGUGCCGCUCUAUCGGCACUCGGUGUCUUCUUUUACCUUUAUAUUCGUGAUACUAACAUUAAAUCACGAUUCUGGUCACUGGCAUCAGCGCUUAACGGUAAAAUUAUCUGUUCCCGUAACAUUGGACCAAUGGAACCUGGUGCAAGUUUAAAAGAUGAUGUUUCCACCCUUCGUAAACGAGGUGGUCAUCUAAUCUCGGUCACACCAACUUCUAAAUAUAUGUCCAGUGAGAAUGCAGCUCAUUAUAUUCGUGAUCCAAUAAUCGGUCCUGGAUCGGGAUCAACGCUCAAUGUUAUCAGUCCAUUAGGUGUAAAGUACCUUCUUCCCGGAAAUGCAAGUUCAAAUUUAGGCUCAUCAGUGAAAGAUUUGACUUAUGGUUGUGCUCAAUUAAUGGACACACUUACAACACCAUCAUCACAGCAACAGCAACAACAACAACAACAAUUUCAACUUCAACAACAGCAACAAUUAAUCAAUCAUCAAACUCUUUCAUCUAGAAAUCAAAAUCUUCUAGGUGUAAGUUUACAUCAACAUCCUCAUCAUCAUUUACGUUCAUCAGCUGGUUUACCCUUGCCCAUUGGUCUAGUGGUUGAACAUGUAUAUGAAUGUAUUGAUGAUGAUCCAUACACAGCUAAAUUGUUCAUGCCGGUUGAUUGUGAAUCAAAUAAAUACCAACGGAGAGACAAUUCAAUUUACAAUGGAGGUGAUUUCAUGUUACCAAUAAGUAAUCACCACCAUCACCAUCACCAUCAUCAGCAACAGCAGCAACAACAACAACAACAACAACAGCAACAACAAAUGCAAUUACAAUUGCAACUUCAACAACAAUCAACUGAUUUAGCGACAACUCUUCAAGCUUUACCUGCAAUUGUUCAGGAAAAUGUUUCAACAACCGGAGGAGUUCAGAUGACAAUGAACACCAGCAAUUCCUCAAGCCUUUCACAAGCAAAUUUAACCAACAAUUCCCACCCUCAUUAUCAACUAGGCUUUGCCUGUUAUCCUUGUCAAUCUCAGGUAGCAUCUUAUAUCAAUAAGGAUCGUAUUGAUCAACAAUUACGUGAAAAUUUAUCGACAAUUAACUCAAUAGAUUCACGAAGACCUGAAAUUGUUUGAGAUUGUUUUCUCCAAUUCUCCAACACCAUUGAUUGUUGUUCUCUUGUUAAUUGUUGUUGUUAUUUUCUUCUCUAAUUUUUGGAGAAGAACAAAAUUUUCCAAAAAUAUUGUAAAUAUUUUCUAUUACAUAAAAUCUUGUUGAAAGAACUUUUUUUCUACCAAAUUCCUGUUGGAUUUUAUCAUCACCAUCACCAUCAUCAUCGUCAUCGUCAUUCUCAUCAAUUAUCAUCAUCGUUGCUCAAAUAUCUUCCCCAAUGGAAAAGUGUUAAUCUGCCAAAAAAAAGUUUUCCAAACAAUUUAAAGACGAGGAUUAAUUUGCUUGCUGCCAAUUUAAAUCACUGAUGAUGGUCACACUUAUUGUAGAUAUUAAUUGUAAAUCAUUUUUCUAAAUUGCUCCUUAAUUGCAAUUGUAUUAUUAUUAUUAUCGAACCUUUAAUUUAUAUGAAUCAAUGUGUACAUACAAAACAUUAGCACAAUGUGCCAGCUAGUUCACCUUUAAUUAUCAUCACCAUUUGUUUACAUCAUUUUUGUCAACCCAAACGUUUUUAUGUGUUGACCAAUUGGAUUGACCAAUCAACUGAUUAUUGGAUAAUAUUGAUAAUAAUAAUAAGGAUUAAGGAUGAAAAUGAGUAAACAAUAUUGACCAUUUGCCCUUAGGAUAUAAUAACUUGUAAAUCUGUGAUAUUUUUUUUUUCAUUAUCAACAUUUAAUUGACACUUAAAUACACACACGUUAUGAAUGAAGCAAAUUUAAUAACAAUGUCAUUCCUAAAUUAAA